UUUCAGAAACAUACCAAGAUGAAGGGGACUGCAUGUUUGUUACUUCUAGUAUUGUCAGUAAGUGUAAGGUCACAUGACACUGUUGGCAGUGAAGAAUCAGGAAACAAAUAUAAAGUGGAUCCUAAAGGAUAUCUUAUAUUUUGUUUAUGCAUGGGGAGAUUUGGAAAUCAGGCUGAACAUUUUCUAGGUGGAUUAGCAUUUGCUAAAGCAAUAGAUAGAACAUUAUUGCUGCCACCCUGGAGAACUUAUAAAAACAUACGUUUCACAGACUGGUUUAGACUUGAGCCAUUGACUGAAUACCACAGAGUCAUAGUGGCGGAAGAUUUUAUGGAGAACCUAGCUGAUCAGGUUUGGCCAGUCGGGAAUAGAACAGGAUUCUGUUUCUCAUAUACAGAAGAUAGGGAAUGUGAUCUUAAACAAGGUAAUCCGUUUGGUCCAUUUUGGGAUGGUCUUGGUGUGGAUUUUGAUAAAAAAGAGAAUUUUAUGGUGAGCUAUACACAGCCAACAGAAUGGAGUACAAGGUUUCCACCAUCAAAGUACCCUGUUAUAGCAUUGAAGGGAGCACCAGCCCCAUUUCCCAUGAAGCCUGAGAAUUGGAAGUUACACAAAUAUUUACAAUGGUCAGAUGAAAUUAUUCAGCAAGGGCAGAAAUACAUUCAUGAUCAUUUUCCAGGGCAGGAAUAUGCGGGCAUACAUUUAAGGAAUGGACCUGACUGGGAAAAUGCAUGUAAGCAUGCAGCUGGUCAGCCCAAGUACAUGGCGUCCCCGCAAUGUCUGCCUGUAAAUGGCGGAGGACUGGUCACAGAAGACAUGUGUCUGCCAUCCAAACAAGAAGUAUUAAGGUUGUUGGAGAAAGUUGUUAAAGAAACUGGUGUUAAAGUAGUCUAUGUUGCCACAGAUAAACACCCUAUGAUAGAUGAGAUUGAAAAACAUCUGAAAGAUUAUCAGGUAUCAGUGUACCAUCAGGAUCCAUGGCUUCCACAGUUAGAUCUCUAUAUACUAGGGCAGUCUGUUCACUUUAUAGGCAACUGUGUAUCAUCAUUUACAUCAUUUGUUACGAGGGAACGCGCAGUUAACAAUAAACCUACAUCAUUCUGGGGAUUGAGCUGACAUCUGACAUGUUAUAAUCUAGUUAAACAGCUUUGUGCAAUAAAUUGUGUAUUUCUAAAAAAUA